UAAAAUAUGUGGGAAUGGGGUCAUAAAGCUAGAGCUCAGUUCGAUGUGCUCAUACAAGUACACGGACAUUGACAAGAAAUGAAAGAAUGCGUGCAAUUGGGCCAAUCAUACAUGUAUUCAUGACGUACAUGUACGACAUGUAUUUAUCACAGGCCAGUUAGUUUGUAUGGCAAUAAUGGCAUGUGUAAUUAAAUGUGGAUGUCAUAGAUCAAGGUAUAUCAUAUAACCUGAUGAUGAUGGAUCUGACCUGUGACAUAUUCAUUAUAGAAGAUAAAGUAAUGAGAUUGAAUAGAUACAAGGGGAAGCCCACAGGUGUCAGUAUUCAUAUUGUUACCUGCCACCAGAGUAAAUACGGAGUACUAGAUUCAGAUUGCUAUGUCAUUCUCAUCCGUACUAAAGGAAAGAACCAUUCUCGCUUGAUGUGAACGGACAUCUUUGACUCCUCAAAAUUUAAGGAGUUCAGGCAGGUACAUGCACACACCUGACGUUCCAACAAACAGCGGCAAAUAAGUGUCCUAAAAGACGAAGAUUACUUAAAACGACUGAUUUACGGGUAAGCCCUCACAUUACUAUUGACUCCGUUUUAGCGAUCCCAUUCAGUCGAUCGAUGUACGUUUAUGAACAGAUUAAGGUCAAAAAUGACCAAUUGCAAUUGAGAUAACGUGUUUGUGUACAUGUACAUGUACGUUUGUAUAUAAAAUGUAUAGGGACGAACGGUAUAAGGUUAUUAAUUUGGGUUUGGUGAUGGUUGAUCUUUACCAGAAGACCAGCUGGAAGAUGAUGCUGUUGUUCAAAUAACAUCCGCGCCUGUGUAAGAUGAUAGAGAUACCGCUUCCCCUUUAUUCUUUAUUUGUACGGGUAAGACUCGCCCUAAGUUUUGACCCACUUAGGCCAGGCUAACCCUAACCAUUAUAACUAAAUGGAGGGCAGACUUUCUGUCACACGGAUUCUCAGUUCCUUUACAUCGUUCACAGAACAGAAAUGUACACAGGUAGAUAAAUGUCAAAGAAGUGAAAAGCUUUCCCUUUGUCUGGUGGAGGGCAAUGGAGUUGGUACAGGUUUAAUUUCAGGCCUACCCAACUACCAGAUGCUGCACCGAAGGAUCCAGAAUUCACCGGUAGAUCGGAUCGCGCUACCGGUUUUCAAGGUGUUUAUCAAUACGCAUUUCAUCUUUGCCAUACUGAUUAUCGUUGCCUUGGCUCUACGACCCUUCAAACAGUAUGGGCUGAGGACAUGAAGAAUGCCAGUUAAGAUACCACGGGGAAUAUUGUACUUGUUAUUGUUAUCAUAAGCAUAUAAUUUGCGCUUUAUUACUUAUUUACUACCUUUACUGGUUCUUCAUUCUUAUUUAAGGUUAAUCACAAUCCCACUGAAACAAAGGAUGACCAUAUAAAAUACCCAUAAAUAUAUAAAUGGAUAGGGGUCUUGCCGUAAUAGUCCAUAUGGACAGAUUAAAAUGGUUAGACGUAUAUAUAUUUAAAGGCAUUACAUAUUUGUGGCGAUUUUAGUGUAAGUUGCAAGGUAUAUGGUGCAGGUCAGGGCACAUGGAUAGAAGAUAAGCCAAUGUGGUAAGCCAAGUCAGCCAUAAUGGACACUCCGCAUGCGUCAUUCGACGAGGAAUUCACAUGGAAGGGCAAGGCCGUUGUCGUAAUAUUCCCCACGUCGUUCCUAUUCUUUACGGCACUUAAUCGACUGGUCAGUCAUUACACACCUGAGAAAUGCGCCGGAUACCCAGAUCGCUGGACAGCUUACGUUAUAUCCUGGCUACAUGCUAUUCUGAAUGGCUCUCUGGCCUUGGUACUGACCCUGUCAGGACGCGAGUGGGUCGAGAGCACUCCCUGGGCGUUCUAUUUACACUGUAUGUCAGCAGGAUAUUUUGCCUACGAUGCAGUUGCUAUGGGUAUCAGCAAAGAACAGAUAGGAAGUUUUGAUAUUUAUUUGCAUCAUAUUUUGUGUGCGUUCUUCGUCACGGCUUCGCAGUUUCCCCCAUGUGGACAAGUCACAAUAUUCGUUCUUUGGGAUUACUUGUGUGAGAUAACAAACGUCUUUCUGCACGGAAGAAAACUUCUAGCGAUGUUGGGGCGAAGAGAAUCGACGCUGUACAAGAGGCUCAAUGGUUUAUUUUUGGUGACGUUCUUCAUCUUCCGUUUCUUUCCACAAGUAUUCGUCUUUGUGAUGUUAAACUUCGACUUCUGGUUCACAGCACAGCUGCCGUUGUUGUGUUACGUCAUUUCUAUCCCGCAGCAAACAAUCGUGGUUCUGAUUGGAUCAAAUAUAGCAUAUCAAAUAGUGAGAAGGUCAAAACGUGGCCACAACAAAGUGGCGACAGACUAAUCGGUAAAUAAGAUAGUUACACAACAAAGCAGAAUGUCCAAAAGACGAAACACGAUGCCAUGGAAAGAUCACUGGGAGUAAUUUUGAUUUGAGGUUCUAUUCAGUGGAGAUGGGGCACAUCAAAUCCGUACACAACGCAGCGACUUACAUUUUAGGCCUAUGUAUUUAUUUUGCUAAUUCAUUUUUUAAACCUGCACGCUUUGUCCAUGCGAAUUUAUAUAAAUACUUGCAUUUUAUCAUUGUGUCCAUCAGUCGUAGACAAAUAAAAUAUUUCAUUUAUUUUUAAAA